AUGAACCAGCCCUACCCUCUUACUAAGGAGCAAGUUCGCCUGCUUCUUCUUUAUGACUUCCGAAUCAAGAAGAAGGCAGCCAAUUCCAUCGCUGACAUCAAUACCGCGUUUGGCCCGGACACUGUGUCCAAGAGCACUGCCUAUGAUUGGUACAGUCGCUUCCAGAAAGGAAAUGAAAGCCUGGAAGACCAGCCACGCACCGGUCGUCCUUCGGAGUUUGAUAACUCUGCCUUGCAGGAGGCACUGGAGGCCAACAACCGGCAAACAUCGCGAGAGCUUGCGGACUUGCUGGCGCUCUUGGAAAGAGUUUUCUUACGAGUGGGGACCUGUGAAACUGAUGAGCAGCUUCAGAGUGUUGUGAGCAAGUUCCUCCCUCCGGUCCUGCUGAAGCUUUCCAGUCAUCAGGAAGGUGUCAGAAAAAAGGUUAUGGAGCUGCUAGUGCAUUUGAACAAGCGUCUGAAAUGUCAGCCCAAAGUUCUUCUUCCAGUUGAGGCACUUCUCUUGCAGUACCAAGAUCCAUCUGCAUCUUCCUUCAUUAUUAACUUCGCCAUUAUCUACAUAAGAAUGGGGUUUCCUCGCUUGGAUGUCAAGAAGCAGGCUGAACUGGUUCCAAAUAUCAUGAGUUGUCUCUAUAAUCGUCCCCAACAGCAUCAAGACAGUUUGUUACUGAUGAUCAUGCCAGCUCUGGGAUACCUUGAACUACCUGAGGACAGGGAGAAAUGCAAGUCCAUUUUCAAACUGGGUGACAAACCACUGACAACUCGACUUUUUCUAGAUUUUGUGCUGGACUUCCUCCUUCUCCCUUAUGGGCAACCUAAUCCAAAAGAUCUAAAGGGAUCCUCUCAGAGCGCCAGUGGAACUUCAGGAUCAACAUCCACUUCUUCCCCCACUCAGUCCUCAGCAGUCCCUCCUGGAAUGAGUGAAUAUUCAUGGCGGAGAGUUAUGGGUGAUGAGGGAUGGAAGGCUGAUGAACUUGAGGAGGUGAAGGUUGGGAUAGUGAAGUUCCUCUCCAAGGGUGUUUUUGAUGACAACCAAGUUGUGGUUCAUUUUGUUGUUGCUUCUGCGGAUACUCGUUUUUCUGUUGCCAAUCUAGCUGAAUCUGAGCUCAAGAAGCUUGGAAGCCAUGUCAGCUGGAAUGAUGGUAAUGUGAUCCAGGGUUUGUUUGAGCUCUUCUUGGGAACUGGUACUGGCAAGGCUUCCCCAUCUCCUACUGUCAAACCAGAAUCCAAGAAAGAGCCUGUAUCAAUCAGAAUUCGUCUCAAGAUAUUCCCUUAUCUGAUGCGUUCCACCCAAUCAACAAGGACUCUUCCUGAGUGCAUGCAGGUUAUAAUGGACAGUUUGUUUGGCACAAAGAAUACCAAUGGGAAGUUGAAGCAUUUGGCUCUCCAGUACUGUCAUCUUGUGAUUGAGAACUGCCCUCCUGGAAAGUUAAAUAGUUAUGGGAGUAUGAUCCUCACCUCUUUCUUACGCAUCAUCAUGGAGGAGAAACAGGAUACCAAGCUGAGGAGCUCUUGUUAUAUGGCCAUGGGGAAAAUGGGGAGGAAACUCCCCCAGGUCUUCUAUGAAGACAUUUCCUUUGUUUAUACCCUCUUUGAGUAUCUGCCCAAGGAGGAGGGAGAGGUGAAACUUUCUGUAUUGGAGGCAUUGAAAAUGAUCGCCCCCUGCUAUACACAUGGGAAAACUCCACCUGGAGAGAGGAGCCUGCUUAUCCCUGUAGUUGUAGCCUCCUUAGAACACACAGACCACCUCUUGAGAUUGGCUGCUGUCCACUAUGCAGCCACUAUGCUUCCUCCAGACUCUCACACAAAGUACCUUCUUCUGGUUGCUGCUGGAGAUGAGUCUGAUACUGUGAGUUCAGAGGCUAUCAAGGCCCUUUACCCUAUGCAAGAUUCUGCUAGGCCUGUGGAAAAAGAAGCAGAAAUUACUAUUCCUGAUUAUGCCUCAAUGGUAUCUUGUCUGGAACACAAAGCUAGUUCCAGGAUUAGCAAGAACAAGGUUGUGGUUGUAGGGAAGUAUAGAGUGCCUUUCAAUGCUGCAGCCUUUUAUCAGAUGCUGAAGUAUGUGCAAAUGUGCCUUGCUAUUGAAUCUGGUGCCACAUUCUGCGAUGGAACAUUCCCUGACAAUGAGAAAGUGAAAGUCAGUGUAUAUUUGGAUUCUCUGGAUUCUCAGUCAGAGAAUCCUUUGUUUAUGCAUAUCUCACUCCUGAAACGGUAUCUUAUUCCCUACAAGGCCAACCCAAGUCAAGCUUCUGAGGUAAUGAAUUACCUAUUGGACCUAAUAAAUGCUUCACCAAAAGCAUCCACAAAGGACCUCUCAUUAGAUGCUGACUGGAUGAAAACCUACCAAGGUCUAAGCACUUCCUCACGUGUGGAAGUGUACUCUCCAGUCACCCAUUCUCUGGGGCUCAUUGCAGCUCAUGCCUAUAAUGAGAAGCAGUUCCAUGAGUUUGUUUUGGGCCUCCUUUCUAACAUGAGCAAGAAUAUAGAGCUCAAGAGGUCAGGGAUGUUGACCUGUGCACAUGCUUUAGCUGAGAAAUAUAACCCUGCCCCAAAGGUGGUGAAGCGACACAUCAUUCCCUGUCUGAAAGUUAUCUUGGCUGAAUUGACAGAUGGAGGGCAGCUUCUAUGGGUUGCAAGCACAGCCUUGGGGAUACUGUGCAGAUCGAUGCCACUACCCCUCAAGGAUAAGGAUAUUGGGACAACUCCUGAUGACCUUUCCAAAAAUCUUCUAUCUCUUGUUGCUUCCAAUCAGAUUCCAAUGAAAGUGAAGGAGGAGUGUGCAAUGACUUGUGGCUAUCUAUGCAUUGGUGAUCCACACUUCCCUUCUGUCCAGCUUCUCAUUCAAGGAUUUCUCACAGCUGCUUCUGAGGUGAAGGAUGUAGAACUGCAUUUGACCAUGGGUGAGGCCUUAGUCUGUCUCAUUCUAAAGGAUGAAAGCCCUAUGGCCCAAAACCCAUGGCAUCCUAAAGCCCAAUCAAAUCAAGGAACUUCAAAUGAAGAUUUAGAUUGGACAGUCAAGACAAUCUUGGAAAAGUAUGCCUCACAGUCCCACCCAUCCGUGAGACAGGCUUCAUGCAUCUGGCUUCUUGCUCUGGUGAAGUACUGCCGAGCAGCUAAGGAGAUGCAGAAAUACCUUCAGCAGUUGCAGAGGGCCUUCAUGGAAUUCUUAACAGAUUCCAAUGAUUUUGUGCAAGAUGCGGGAUCAAAAGGCCUGGGUUUGGUAUAUGAAGCAAGCUCUCCAGAAGAGCAACAAGAAUUGGUGAAUUCACUUGUUGAAGGUCUGUCAGGAGGAGUGCGUUCCAGUAGAAAGGUUACUGAGGACACAGAACUGUUUGAAGAGGGCUCCCUUGGGAAUACACCUGUUGGAGGAGGAUUGUCAACUUACAAGGAGUUGUGUUCUCUUGCAUCUGACCUACAUCAGCCAGACCUGAUAUACAAGUUCCUUCAUCUGGCAAAUCACCAUGCUGCCUGGAAUUCCAAAAAGGGAGCUGCAUAUGGCUUUACAUCCAUUGCAAAAAUCGCUGGUGAGCAGUUGAAGCCAAAGCUGUCUCUCAUCAUCCCAAAGCUGUAUCGCUAUCAGUUUGAUCCAAAUCCCAGGAUUCAACACUCCAUGGCUGACAUUUGGAAUUCGCUUGUUACAGAAAAACAAAAAACAAUCCUGGAAUGUUAUAAGCCCAUCAUGGAUGAGAUCUUGGCUGCUUUGACCGAUGGCCAAUGGCGGGUGAGGGAAUCGGCUUGCAUGGCCCUCUGUGACCUUCUGGGCCGGAAUGGGGACCUCAGUGACAUUUCCCAUCUCCUGCCUGAGAUCUGGAAGUCCCUUUUCAGAGUUUUGGAUGACAUCAAGGAGUCUGUCAGAAAGGCUGCUCUUGCUUCUGUCAAGGCUAUGGGCAAAGCCCUGCUGAACAACUGCCAGUCACAAAGUGGAAAGAGUAUUCUUGAAGCCUCUCUGCCAUCACUCUUGGAUAUAGGACUCAAGAGCAUUGUUGCUGAAGUUCGCCUUGUCACGUAA